AAAGAAAAACUCGACCCAAAUAAUAUGUGACGCUUGUGGGGACAGCGAAUCACCCCUGACAACCUACUGCCGAGACUGUCUCCAUUUCAUCUGUGACUCAUGCGCUUCUUCCCAUUCUAAAAUGAAACUCUUGAUGAAAGAUCACCGUACAGUUCCCCUGGACAAGAUUGAGAACGGGACUAUCAAAAUCAAGUGGAUGGAAGAGGGCUUGUGGAGAAAGGCACACGAGUGCGAAGAGCAUGGCGGUGAACUGCGGAGAUUCUACUGCAGGACCUGCAAGAAACGUAUCUGCAGGGACUGUAUAGUUCUCGACCAUACCAAACCUGACCAUGACUGCACCACAGUGCAGAAGAUGUUUCAGGAAACAAAGGAGAAGUUACAAGAUCGUUUGAAAACCUGCGAGGAAAAGGAGGAACAUGUGAGCACAAUGUUAAAUGAUGUGGAUGCACGAGAAACAGGAGCAAACCAGAAGUUUCAUAAGAUGAAAAAAAGUAUUCGGGACCAGAAGUCAAAGGCUGUUGACAAUUUGGAUAAAGCAGAGGAAGAACUUUUGCAGAAGGUUGACGUGUUGGAGGAAAAGCUUAACGUCAAACUACAAGCUUUCAGAGACAAUAUGAACACAACAAAAGAAAAUCUCACGAGGGCACAAUCAAAGGCUAAAGAGGUUGUUUCAGCCAAAGAGGUUACUGACAUAUCUAGAGGUCCCUUCUUACCUGAAGAUGUUCUCAAAGAACUCGAAGAAUUGAUCGCGUCAGAUGUCACUAUGACAAUUUCUGUGGAUCUCGUGGCUUUGAAAUCUACCAUGAUAGAAGGAUCGAAGAUGCCAGAGCAAAUGGCGCGCUUUGCCAAGCUGUCGUUGUCGCGUGUUUGGCGAGAGACUCUGAUGUUUCCGAUUCCUGAUAAAGACAUUGUGAACAUUUUCUCCGAUGGAAAGGCAAUGUACGUUGCUUGCAAGAAGGUGAUUUACAAGAAACUGUUGUCUAGCGAAGCCAAACCGUCCAUCUGGUUGAAUCUUCAACUUAAUGCAAGCAUCAAACAGGUGGUAGAUGUGGCCAUAUCAAUGAAGGACCAAACCUUCUCUUUCAUUGCUGAUACCGACGCAGCUUGCACGCAACUCUACAGGUUGAAACUGGAAGAUUUCCCAAAAUCGGAUGAACACACAACGGUCCCACCAUGUCCUCUGAAUCCCAGUGCAAGACUCACUGUUGAUUCCCAGUCCCUCAUCGUCGUUGCCGAUAACAAGCCAGCCAUAUCAAGUUCAAGUCAGACAACCUCAUCAGAGUCCGAACCGGUCAGCGAAACCAAACAGAAAAAACCGACAUCAUCUCCGGUUGUAGAAGGCUCUCAGACAGUAUCUGCUAUCGGCAGUGCCAAGUCUCUAAGCAAGGCAGAAGGCACCCUCUCUCCUUCGGAUUCGAAAGGAAAGGAAACGAGGCCGGAUAUCCCAAAAGCAGGAUCAGACAUCUUCACAAUAUCCACGAAAAUCUAUAGGGAAAAAACUGAGAAAAGCUCGUCUCAGUUAUCUUCAGAUAAUUUCGAGGUUCCACUUGAUAGGGUUAGAAGUCUUGCUGCGGCGAAGACAGGUCAGUUGGUGUUCCUGCGCGGAGACAAGAAAGCCGUCAUCAUCACUGACAAAGACGGGAGAGUCCAGCUUGAAAUCAAGGAGCCUGGCAGGAUGUACUUGUCCAUCUCCUGCACAGAGAGUGACGCCCUCUACGUUCUGUCCGCCUUCUGGGGCAGCCACAUCGUCACGCUCGCCAAGCAUUCCUUGGAAGAUGGUGGUCCCCUCGAGUACAUCAUCGACGAGCUCGACGUGUCGGCAGACUUCCAGUCAGACGAGUGGCCAGUCAUUGGUAACUAUGGAAACGACCUCGUGAUCAUGCACACGGGGGAUGGGAUUCGUGUUUUCUCGGCAGAAGAUUGGGAUAUAUUAGAUGACAAAGACGCCAAUGGCCAAGACCAAGAUGACGAUAAGGAGGAGGAUGUUUAGGGUGUUGAAUAAGGAUUCCUGGUUUUAAUGGAGAUAAAAUCCAAUGCAUAUUCAGAAUAUGGAAAAGUUUUAACAGGGCAAAGGUUAUAACAGGUAAACAGUAUGUUUCUUUUAUGAAUACAAUCAAAUCUCAGCCCGUUUUACCUUCAACAUUACAGAUAUAAUCGGUGACCAGUCAACAAUUUUAACGUGACAUACUUACAUGCAUUAGUCAUAUAACGUUUCACAAUUAUUAUUACGUUCAAAUGCACCUUCAAUUAGCAAAAUUAAUCUGGAAAUCAUCAGAAGAGGUGAUAUCUCUUUCAAAGAACAAAUAACAUUUGUGGGGUUUUAUCUCUUUAACUUGAAGAUCUAUCAUUCUAUACUUUAAGAGUCUGUAAAUACAGCCAAGGAGCAUCAUGUGCCUUUAAUAAUAUCAAAGUGAUAUCUAUUACCAUCCAUUUUCUAAAAGUGUAUGAUAGUGCGAAUGUAAUUCAGUGUAAAAAUACAUGUUUAUUUCAUUUGAAAAGUCAUGUGGAAACAAGGUAAUGAUGACAAUCAUUUCAAUUUUCACACGUGAUGCAUUUAUGUUAGUCUUUCCUAUAUAAAAGGAGCCGAGAUAUGUUCGGGCUUAUGAUGUUUAUAAAUGCUGAUACUGCCAUUGAAAAAUGGUUUCUCGAUAUUGAUGUAGUAAAAAAAAAUAUAUUAGCCUACUUAUGUACAUAAAUAUCUAAACUUUGAUGAGAAAAUCACUGUUAUAUUAUCACAUUUUCAGUAGAAAACCUUUAAAACAAGACACCCUUUCUUCUUCAAAAUUUUGAUUUGGUUACUGCUCGUAUAAUGAAUUAAAACCAAUAGAUAGAGGUAAGCAAAUCAACAUGAUUAGAUUUUAUAAAACGCAAGAGCAAAAAUAAGAGUUUUGCCGAAAUCGGACACAUGAUAAGAAAGUAGUGAUUUGUGUUAAAGAUAUUUUUUUUAAGUAAGGGCAUAAAAACAAAACUUUGAUGUUAUCGCAAGACUGAUACCCUUUCUUUGUGUAUAUAGUUUUAUCAAAGAUUUCCAAUUUGUUUCGUUCAUGAAACUGAUUUCUUUAUGCAUUUGUUUUUGUGUGGUAAAUAUGUAAUUGCAGAUACGGAAAAAAGUAAAAUAUUUUGGAUGAAUGACUAGGCCUAUUUCAAUUAUCUAUAGUUUAAGUAUUUUAUUGCGAGGGAGGGAGAAACCUAGCUAGAAAGUUUGUAUUAGUUCACAUUUAUUAGAGUCUAUAAAGCGUAUUAUGUCCUUUACUCAUUGUUAUUUCACUAAAUAAUUUGAAUUUUACUAAAUUUUGAGGGAUGGGGCAACC